AUGAAGUGGUCGUGUUUUGUUUUUGGGAUUGCGCUAACUCUCGCUAAUGCAGAGAGAGUUCGUAGAUAUAGCGGAGGCGGUGGCGGUGGCGGGGGCGGUGGUUUCGGCUUUGGAGGCGGAUUUGGAUCCGGCGGAGGUGGCGGAGGCGGGGGUGCCUUUGGGGGCGGUGGGGGACUAGGUUUAGAGGCCGGGCUGGGCGCAAUAAAACAAGGUGUCCAUAGCAUCAUUGACAAGGCUGCAAGUUUCGGAAAAGGAGGUGGCUUUGGAUUUGGAGCUGGUGGGGGAUUGGGCGGUGGAUCAGGAGGUGGUUAUGGCCUUGGAGGUGGUUCUGGCCUCGGAGGCGGUUCUGGCCUAGGAGGUGGUUCUGGCCUCGGAGGUGGUUCUGGAAUUGGAGGCGGCUUAGGUGGAGGAAAAGGAACAGAGAAGUUUAUACAAACGAGUUCAUCCGAUGGAAAAUCUGGAGGGUUCGCUUUCACUGGAACUCUUGAAAAUGGGGGCUACGGAGGAGGUGGUGGCUACAGCAACGGUGGAGGAGCAGGUUAUGGUGGCGGUGCUGGAGGUGGAUUAGGAUCCGGCGGAAACGGAAAUGGCGGUUUCGGGGGUCACAGUGGAAGCGCUGGAGGUGGACUUGGAGGUGGAGCUGGUGGCUUCGGAGGAAACGGUGGAUCUGGAAGUGGGGGCUAUGGAGGGGGUGGUAAAGGAUCCGGUGGUUCUGGCAACUAUGGAGGCGCUGGACCUAGUCACGGAGGUUCGGGUGGAAAUGGCUUUGGAGGUGGAUCUGGUGGACAAGGGGGCAAUGGAGGCGGUUUUGGUGGAUCGGGUGGAGGUCUUGGCGGUGGCGCUGGAGGUGGAUCCGGAAGUGGUAUCGGUGGUGGUGUCGGUGGAGGUCAUGGUGAAUCCGAUGGCCACAGCGGUGGGUUAGGUAUAUCAGGUGGAUUUGGAGCUAGUUUGGGUAGUGGGGUAGGAGGUGGAAAAGGCUAUGGUGGUUCAGGAGGCAGUGGAUUUGGCGGAGGUGCUGGAGGUGGUCUUGGAGGUGGAUCUGGGGGUGGAUUAGGAGGUUCCGGUGGUCAUGGAAACGGCUUUGGAGGAGGAUCUAGUGGUCCGGGAGGUAAUGGAGGCGGUUUUGGAGGAUCGGGUGGUGGACUUGGAGGUGGAUUAGGAGGUUCCGGUGGCCAUGGAAACGGCUUUGGAGGUGGAUCUGGUGGUCCGGGGGGUGAUGGAGGCGGUUUCAGAGGAUCGGGUGGUGGACUUGGAGGUGGGUCAGGAGGUGGUUACGGUGGUGGCUUGGGAGGAGGUAGUGGUCAUGGUGGAUCUGGGGGUCAUGGCAGUGGUGGCAACGGAGGUGGUUCUGGGGGAUAUGGUGGAAAUGGUUCUGGAUCAGGUAGCAAAGGUUGUUCUGGAGGGUGUGGUGGUUGUGGCAGUGGGUCUUGCGGUGGUCAGGGCUCUGCCUAUGCCAGCGCUUCUGCAACUGCAAGUGCUAGUGCCCACGCUGGUGGAUAUGGAAAAUGA